UGUCCAAAUUACUAAUUAUAUAGUAAAUUUUACAGUGAUUUCCGGUAAAUGCAAAAUGAGUACGUUAGCAAACCAGGCAGAUCCAAGGCGGCCGAAUAAGAUAACAAGGUAUAAACCCCCACAAGCUGGCACGCCAUCUGAUGACCCAACUCCAGACUACAUGAAUCUUCUGGGCAUGAUUUUCAGCAUGUGUGGACUUAUGAUGAAGUUGAAGUGGUGUGCCUGGGCAGCUGUGUAUUGUUCUUUUAUCAGUUUUGCUAAUGCCAGAACAUCAGAAGAUACCAAACAGAUGCUGAGCAGUUUUAUGUUAUCAAUAUCAGCAGUUGUGAUGUCCUAUCUACAGAGUCCACAGCCGAUGACUCCGCCCUGGUAGGUGGGGAAGACUGAGGGCCCUGCUCCGAUUGUUGAGCGAGAACUAUAUAGCCAGUGUGCAUGAAAAACUGCGAGAGUGACAAACAAGAGGGACAAUUCAGGAUUAUUCUGUGAAUUUUAACAAUUACCAGUGAUGAAAUUGACAGAGUUUUGUGUAGAAUGAUGGAUAGAUGUUUUAAUAAAAAGCAUUCUUUGUAUGAUAUUUCAAGUAGAGUAUACACAUAUGCAUUAAACAACAUUCAUGUAAAAGGGA